AGAGACGGCAGUCCACUGGUCUAACUGUAGAAGAGCAUUAACACCUGAUCGUAUCUGUCGUCUUCCUGUCUAUCUCUUGAUCUUUAAAAGCAGCCAAUCAGAACCAGUGAAGAUGACGACCUGUGGCCCCGUGACGAAGAGCCUGCUGCUGCUGGCUGUGGUGGUCGCUCUGACCGGACAAGGAUCUGCAGCACGUCAGAAGAGAAGAUCAGAGAAGGUCUCUUAUUGCUGCGAAAGGGUGACCAUAAAGCAGAUCACUGAAACCAUCGUGGACUACACGAUGCAAAAGAAAAACUAUCAAUGUGUCAAUGCCGUCAUUUUCAAAACAGAGAGCGGUAAGUCGUUCUGCUGCAAACAUGAUGAGCCCUGGGUAAAGAUGAAGGUCGCGGAGCUUGAGCUGCACAAAAGAUUUGCAUUGGCCUCCACCCCUUCCUCCUGAAGCUCCUCUCCUCCUCCAUUGGAGGGAACCACCGCCACGCCCUCAACGCAUUAUACGUCCAAUAGAAAUGCAUCUCAUUCAGCGCCGGCCAAUGAGCUUCAAGAUGGCUGACCAGAUACUUUUGAAGAGAAAAACAAUCAACUGCUAGAACUUUUUUUUGAUACAUUUUCAGUACUCCAGAUAUACUAGCAUUUUUGCGGAAGUGUUUUAGGGCCAGAUGAGAAUCUUUUUGAAUGAGUUCUGAGUCUGAAGUCAGAACUCAGAGAAAGAGAAUCACAUGUGGCCCUAAUCCUCUUCUCUACAUUGUGAACCCCUUAUAGGUUAUUUAAUAUAUAUAUAUAUAUAUAUAUAUAUAUAUAUAUAUAUAUAUAUAUAUAUAUAUAUAUAUAUAUAUAUAUAUAUAUAUAUAUAUAUAUAAUAUAAUAAUAUAACGACGCUUUAUGUUACAAUGUUGUAUCGUUGUUUAUCUAUAAGUUCACUGGAUUUCUUGAAGGUUCUAGCUAUUCAUUAAUUAUACCCGUUUUCAGCAUUUUAAUAUUCAAAAGUAUUUUGUGUGUCUGAAUAUAAAUAAAAUGAGUCCUAUUCUAUAACCUGA